AUGAUGGCAAUUUAUUAGUGCUUCUGUCAAAUAAUUGUUAAUAAAGAGGAGAAAUGUAAAUGCUCAGAUCUAAUUUUUGAAAAUGAAUGUGAUGAUUAUGGUAUAUGUCAAUUCAUUGAUGGAAAGUGUUCAGAUACACCUUGCAAGAUUUAUGAGAAUGUUAAUAGAUGCUUACAAAAUCCUAAUUGCUCAUGGAGUAAUUAAUAAUGUAAGAACUUUUAAUCUUGUCUCUAUUUUAAUGUCACAACUUCUAUUGAGUGCAGUCAAUUAGGUCAUAAUUGUUCAUUCAAUGACACUACUAAAAUAUGCAAUGAGUAACAACCUUGCUUGUAGUUUAACUUUUAGGAUUGCAUUUUAAUGUCAUUUUAAUAAAAAAGAUUUUGUUACUGGUAAGAAGAUUAAUGCCAAGAACUCACAGACUGCAAAGAAAUAACAAAAUCUAAUUAUUUUUGUAAAAACUUUGAGCCAAUUUGUAAAGGUUAUGAUGAAACAAUGAAAAAUAAUGAUCCAUGUGAAUAAGCAUAUACUUGUGAACAAUUAAAUCAAACUUAUUGUAGAUUUGCAUAUCCUGAAUUGAAUGGAGAUUAACUUGCUUUGUGUGAUCAAGGAGCAAAACUUGGAGAAUGUGUUGAUUUUAAUCCACAAACUUAUAAAUAAAAAGAUUGUUUUGUUAAAUCAUAAGGAUUUUACCAUUGGAUUGGAAAUGAAUGCCAAAAAUGUGGUAUAAUGAAUUUAAGCUUUCUUUUAACUUUGACAAUUAAUAUUUUUAUAUUAACCUUAUGA